AUGCAAAAUGUAUCACAGACUGUGAUUUAUGAAACCCUGAAAAAGUAUGGGGAUGACUUAUUGUACCGAAGAGAGAAGGCCCUGGAGGAGCUUCUAAAUGCAAACGGAACGGAAGGACCAAGAGGAGUAGCCUGGGAUGCGCCAGGACCUUCCAAUGAGAUGGCAAACUCGUCCAUAUCAGGCGACCCCACUUCAACAUGGAGAAAUCACCUCAAGAGACGGGCCAAGAGUGUCCUCGCAACAGUCGACUGGAAGAAAGCGCGGGUGGAAACCGAGCCCCUCUCCCCGGAUCCUCGUUCUUCGGUCCCGAAUGGAUCGAACCUCGAGAACCUUGAGCGACUGACGCUCCUGCACAGCAUCUUCCCCGACUGCGAUCCACUGUUCCUGAAAAUUAAGUGUGAUGACUGUAACGGUGAUGAUGAGGCUCUGCAGGCAUUGGUUCAUGAUAUGUUGAAUCUGAGAAAUUACCCUCGCCUUGAGGACACACCGAAACGCAAGUCACUAGAUCUGAAGAGGAAAUACAACGACAUGUCGCUCGAGGAAUUCCUCAAGUUGGUCCAUGAUCCCCUGCAGUAUUUUUACCGCACUGACCGACCUGCCUCACCUGCAUAUGUCAAGCUCACCACGGCAUACUUAGAGAAGAAUUUCCCCCAUCAUGCGAUCGAAACAAUAGCAGCUUUGCUACUAGAGAAUAAUUCCCUCCUCGCCCCCACGGUGAAGGCAAUGAGAGUCGGAAACUUUAAGCUGAAGAGGAGGAGACGUUCAGCGUCAAAAGAGGACGAAGCUCAAGAGACUGAUGAAGAAUUUCUGAAAGAGCUGACCUUCCUUCGGCUGGAAGCUGAGAUCCGAGAUGAUUUUGAAAGGCAGAGGGAUCUCCGGGAACGGGAGAAGCGCGAAGCUCGAAGAACAGGCAGUCUCUUGGAGUGCCCCAUUUGUUGCGAAGACGAACUCAUCUGCUUGGACAUGGAGGCCUGUUCAGCAGGGCAUAUAUUUUGCAGAUCUUGUGUGACGAGGUUUGACUAUACUUUCCAGUCCAAGUUUCCUCUCGCGUGCCCACUGAAACUCUUGAGGCCGUCGGUGAUGUCCCGCAUAUUGAGGCAGAGGCAAGCCGAGGAGAUUAGAACCGCAGGCAUCCCAAAUCUUGAAUCUUGCCCUUCCUGCUACUUUGCCAUCAUAAUGGAGAACCCCGAGGAGAAGCUUUUCAGGUGUCUCAACCCAGAAUGCAUGCACGAAUCAUGCCGGUUCUGCAAGGAACCCAACCACAUUCCAUUGAGCUGUGAUGAGGUGGAGAAAGAGGAAGAAGUGAAAGCACGAACAUAUUUGGAGAACGAGAUGUCCGAGUCCAUGAUCAGGGAGUGCUACAAAUGUCGGAAACGAUUCAUCAAGGCAGGUGGUUGCAACACGAUACAUUGCAGUUGUGGUGCUGAAAUGUGCUAUAAUUGCAAGAAGCCUCGUGUUUCAGGCGAUUUUCUUCCUGGAUCUGAUUACUGCAUCGGCUCGUGA